AUGGCAGGUCUACUUCGACUUCUCAGAAUGCAAUACACUCCACCCACAGAUCCUAUUGGCACCUCAUUUGUUGGUAAAACAGUCGUGUUGACAGGUGCAACUUCAGGUUUAGGUUAUGAGGCUGCGAUAAAAUUUCUCGACCUAGGGGUUUCAUCACUGGUAAUUGGCAGUCGCAACCUAGAGCGGGGCCAUCGGACCAAAGACAAACUUGAGAAAUGCACGAAUCGACCCGGUGUUGUGCAAGUAUGGGAGCUGGAGAUGAACAGCUUCCAAAGUGUGAAGACCUUUGCUGGUCGUGUAAAUAGUGAGCUGAAGAGUUUGGACAUUGCUCUGCUUAAUGCCGGCCUUUGGAAUCGAGAAUAUACCGUUUCUCCUGAUGGGUGGGAGGAGGACAUCCAGGUCAAUGCAUUGUCGACAUCACUUCUCGCUCUGCUGCUUCUUCCGAAGCUGAAAGAAUCUUCUUCGCCAUCGGAUCCAACUCACCUAAGUGUUGUGUCUAGCCAGCAGUUUGUUCGUGUCAAGGCGGAAAGUAUCCAGACGGAUGGUUCCUUGUUGGAACAUCUAAACUCUCCAGACAGAUUCAGGGGUGCGAAGCAAUACGGUAUCUCCAAACUGCUUCUGGAAUAUGUCAUCAAGAAUAUUGCCAGUCUCAUUCGCAAUGACGACGGUACACUACCAGUCAUUGUCAACACCAUCAGCCCAGGGCUCUGCCAGUCAUUCCUUGGACGUCAGUAUAACAGAUUCUAUGAACGCUUGCUCGCAUGGAUAGCGUAUAAACUAUUUGCGCGCACGACCGAACAAGGUAGUCGGUCCUUGGUGAGCGCAACGAUGCAAGGAGUUGAGUCACAGGGCAAAUGCUGGCGAAGUGAUGGUUACCUUGAUGAAACCAUGGCAUUGACCAAUGCUGACAGCAAACAGUUCCAGACCAAAGCCUUGGAUGAGAUAUUGGCAUUGCUAGAAGAACAAGCCCCAGAAAUACGUCACAUAAUUCCCGAGGCUUUA